AACAUCGGGCUUAAACAAACGGGCUCGUAAAGAAAAAAAAAAUCAAGUUGAGGAUGGCUGGGCAGGAUUUAGAAGCUACAUGCAAGCUAAGAGACAGAAGUUGAAUGACCAAUUUGAUAUUAAUGUAGAUAAAAAUGGACAAAGUUCAAACAUAUUUGCUGGAGUGGCCAUUUAUGUAAAUGGCUAUACAGUGCCGUCGUCUGAUGAGCUGAAGCGUCUGAUGCAGCACCAUGGCGGCAGAUUUGAACAGUAUCUCAGCAAGACCAGGGUCACCCACAUUGUCGCCAGCAACCUUCCAAACAGUAAAUUCAAACUGGCAAAUACAAUGCUUGUUGUCAAACCAAACUGGAUUGUAGACAGUGUUAAAGCAGGAAAGCGUCUCUCUCAUGUCCCCUACCUGCUGCUGAACCCAUACACCAAAUUAAAUAUGGAUAGGAAAGAAGUGUCAUCAAGUUCGUUACAAAGUCCUCAACUUAAACCAUCAUUAAUUGCGGCAGUUGAACAAAGCAGAAAGAGUAUAACUGAACCAGAUUACAUGCCACAGAUUAAAGCUAGUCAGCCAUCACCAUUUGACCCUCUGAACAACAACUGUAACAGUGAAAUUGCUGAUUUGGUAUGUGAAGAAAAGAAUGGAAUACCUUUCGUAGAAGAAAUUGUUUCCAAAAACGAGGCACGUGAAGUGAUAGGUUUUCCUUCUAUAGAAGAAAAUUCUUGUAAAACUGAACCCAGUGAUGUUGACAAUGAAAUAGUUUAUAAUUCUGAUGAUGAAAUAGUUUAUAAUUCUGAUGACGAAAACACUGCGUGUUCUCUCAUGGAGUUCAGCCGAAGGGAAAACCAACAGAGAAAAAAAUCUCGUAUUUACAGAUUGAGAAAAUUUAGGAAAUCUAAUUCUGGAAGUUUUGAUGUUCCGAACGUGAUUGAUUCAAAUAGUUGUGAUGGUUUUAUAGACACCUCUAAGCUUGAGCCAUGUGAGGGAUUCGAUUUAGCUGGUAAAGAUAAAUUAUUUCCUGUAGGAGUUUCCAUGAGUAAUGCCAGUUUAGCAGUGAAACAAAAUACUUCUAGUUUUGAAGUCACUCAUGAUAAACUUACACCAAAAUCACAGGUAACUCCUUCAACAUCGUCGCUAACAAAUCAACUUUUAACAUCCAGUGAUAAAACAUUAUCAGAAACAUCACCAAAUAAAACAAAUGUAAGUACAACUUUACCUAUUUUUGAUCUGCCUCCUGUGGUCAGUGCAUCUACUUCACAAGUUAGGGCUACAGAUUCACCAAGUCACACAGCUAAUGCAGCCAAUAAACAUGCUACAAAAACAACAGAAAGGGGAGAAACUCACCACAAACCUUCCAUGCCAAGGGCAGGCCAGGCAAACUUUCUAAAUGAAUUCUACUCCAACUCAAGACUGCACCACAUUUCCAAAUGGGGCGCUGAAUUAAAAGCUUACGUCUCAGAGAUCCAGCAGUCAGAACAUUGUUCGUUCCCUGGCAGAGAAAAACUGAGGCGCACCCAUGUGGAGAAUUCCAUCCACGCGGGGAUAACAUCCACACCUGUCUCAGGGCAUCAUGGGAUAGCGGAGAGAACCAUCAUGCACAUUGACAUGGAUUCAUUUUUUGUUUCUGUGGGUCUCCUAACCAGGCCUGAUCUAAGAGGACAACCAGUGGCUGUGACCCAUUCAAAGGGCAGGGGAGCUAACCCUACGUCUGGCUCCAACCUAGCCUGGGAAAAAGUGGAGUGGCAGAAGUUACGUGACAAAAAUUUGAAGACUGACAGAGAUAAAAGAAGUGAAUCUACCAAAAUGAUGGAUUCAACUGAGGAGUUUCUACAAGAGGACCAGGAUGAGCAGAGAGGUUAUGAUCACCUUGUACCUGCAGGGUCAACUGGUGCACAAACCUUCCACUCCAUGGCAGAGAUAGCAUCCUGUAGCUACGAGGCUAGAAAGGCUGGUGUUAAAAAUGGAAUGUUUAUGGGUCAAGCUCUAAAACUUUGUCCCAACCUGAAGACGAUUCAUUACAAUUUUGAGGAGUACAACAGAAUCUCUAGGAUCCUUUAUGAUGUAGUUGCCAGCUACACACACGACAUAGAGGCUGUUAGCUGUGAUGAGAUGUUCAUAGACUGCACAGAUGUGUUGACAGACACAGGAGCCACAGCCAUGGAGUUUGCUGCUGUGUUGAGGGCAGACAUGAUGGACAGAACCAGCUGCCCAGCUUCUGUGGGCAUAGGUCCUAAUAUCCUGUUGGCCAGGCUGGCUACAAGAAAAGCUAAGCCAAAUGGGCAAUAUCAAGUCUCAGUCACUGAGGCAAAGGAUUUCAUCAAAGACCAGCCAGUGAGAAAUCUGCCAGGUGUUGGCUACUCAAUGGCACAAAAACUGUCCAAGCUAUCAGUGGAGACAUGUGGUCAGUUACAGGCUAUCCCAGUGUCCACCCUGUGCCGUGAGUUUGGCCCAAAAACUGGCCAGUCCCUGCACAACUACAGCCUGGGUCAAGAUAACCGGGUCAUAAGGGGAGACAAGCAGAGGAAAUCUGUGUCUGCUGAUGUCAACUAUGGGAUCCGCUUUACCAAGGAGUCUGAGGUUCUCAAAUUCUUAGAGGAGCUUUCAGAAGAAGUCAAAAGGCGAUUAGAUGCUAUACAUGUCAAAGGUCGAAGUAUUGUACUCAAACUGAUGGUCAGACGUCCAGAUGCACCCCAAGAGACUGCCAAGUUUAUGGGGCAUGGAAUAUGUAAUACAUUUAAUAAAUCCAGUUGCCUCCCUGUAGCAACAAAUGAUGCCCAACAAAUUGUUAGGGAGGUAAUUUCAUUAUAUCGUGCACACAGAGUUAACCCUGCUGAUGUGAGGGGGAUUGGUAUUCAGAUAACCAAGCUAGAAGACACCAGACCUGGAGGUGAAAGGUCAUCCAAAUAUGGUAGCAGACGCAGCAAUGUUCAAGGGAGCAAACAACAAACCAUCCUCAAUUUUGCAAUGGAAAAUUCAAAAGCAGUGCCAAGAACAUCCACUCCCACCUCUGCCCUAAAUGGAAGUAAUUCAAAUACAAAAUUAUCUUUCUUAGCCCAUCAUGGGGAGAUCACUCCUAAAACUAGUAACUCUUCAACUCAUAAAAACUAUACUGAGAUUAAAAAUCCAAAUCAGGAUCUCAGUACUUCAGCUAAAGAUAAUCAAAUGGAUGUAAAUGUUUUAGAUAAACAACAAACAAGUAAACAUAUAGAGGCCGGAUCUAAUAGUUGGCAGCCCCUACCUAUGGCAGGCCCCAGCAGGGAACCUGUAGCUGGUCCAAGUAGGGAACCUGUGGCAGGCCCCAGCAGGGAACCUGUGGCAGGCCCCAGCAGGGAACCUGUGGCAGGCCCCAGCAGGGAACCUGUGGCAGGUCCAAGCAGGGAACCUGUGGCAGGCCCCAGCAGGGAACCUGUGGCAGGCCCCAGCAGGGAACCUGUGGCAGGCCCCAGCAGGGAACCUGUGGCAGGCCCCAGCAGGGAACCUGUGGCAGGUCCAAGCAGGGAACCUGUGGCAGGCCCCAGCAGGGAACCUGUGGCAGGCCCCAGCAGGGAACCUGUGGCAGGCCCCAGCAGGGAACCUGUGGCAGGCCCCAGCAGGGAACCUGUGGCAGGCCCCAGCAGGGAACCUGUGGCAGGCCCCAGCAGGGAACCUGUGGCAGGCCCCAGCAGGGAACCUGUGGCAGGCCUCAGCAGGGAACCUGUAGCAGGCCCUAGUUCAAGAAGAGAUUCAGCAGAUGAUGAUAAUGUUUAUUUUCUAUCUGAAUCGCAGAUUGAUACUGAUGUCCUACAGGAGCUACCCAGUGAAAUAGCUCAGGAAAUUCUUGAAGACAUAAGGUCAAGAAAACAGCAGAGAUUGAUUAAAGCCAAGUUAAGAGCAGAUUCUACCAAUGAUAAUACAGUUGACAAUAGGCCUGGCCAAUCAAAUAAUAGAUUUCAUCAAGAUGAUAUAAAUACUGGUGUCUUGCCUUCUUUAUCUCAGCUUGAUAUGGAUUGUUUUAGUGCUCUCCCUUUAAACUUACAAAAUGAACUGCGAGGUGAAUAUGCCAGGCAAGAUGCCAACAAACAGGCAGCUCAGAAAAUAUUUAAAUCUCCCACAAAGUCCAUUGUCAAACCAAUUCUCAGGGGUUCUAAAAAAGGCAAGUCCAGUAGCCCAGGGAAGAAGAAACAAAAAAGUCCAGCCAAAAGGAAACAGAGGAGCCCAGUUAAAAGAAUCGCUGAAGAUUCACAAGUUCAUGUCCCAAAGGUUACCCCAAAAGAUGCAGCACAAGCUCAACCAAAUGCUGAGGCAGUGCGUGAAGUCAGUGAGGAGGCUACACUGUGUCAUGCUUCAAUGCUUGAUGACGUCAGAAAGUUGUUGAAGGAAUGGCUAACCUCCAGCCCAGAGCCUUGUGUUGAUGAUGUUGAAAUGGUCACUGAAUAUUUUAUGAAACUGAUUCAAAACACACAGAUGGAGAAACUAUUUUGUCUUCUGAGAUUUAUCAACAGAAAACUAGGAACGAUAAAGAGCCAGAAAUGGCAGGAAUGUUUGAGGGCAAUCAUCUCUCAAGUACAAGGCGUGGUGUGUGCCUUCUAUGGCGUCCCUUUAAAGCUGUAGUCAGCCAGGCCUAACAAGGCAUUGUGUGCUGGUUGUAGCGCCAGCACCUCAGUUGACAUCAUUUGUCAACACAUCACGUAUUGCUAGCUAAGAUGUAUUACACACUUUGAUAACUAAAAUUUUUUAAUUCAUAGGCAUUUACUAAUACACACACAGACGUAUGUGUAAUCUAUUUUUUCUAGCACACAUUUAUUUUCAUAUUUGUAUUGGUAUUC